ACUUAAUCGUAUAAUUAAUGAUUGAGAAGUUCAUAGCUAAAUCACGAUGCGCAUGUGCGUAGCACAUGACCUCUCACUUGUUGGAACUUGGAAAAGAGAACAGGGAGUGUUCGCCUCCUUCACUCCUCCGCGACAACCCUCUCGCUACGGCAGUUGUCUGUCUCCGUCGUUCUGCUCUCGCCGACUCGCAGCCCCGCGCAUUCCUUGCGCUGCUGGUCUCUGACAGAACAGUGGCAAUAUCUCCGAGCGAACAGGCUGCCAAAAUGGACAGCUUCCGGCAGGAAAAAGUACAGAGAUUUGAGGAAUUUGUUGAUUGCCGUUUGAAACCAGAUCUUGUUCAUGCUGUUGAAGAACGGGAUAAAGUCUUUGAACAACAAAAAGUUUUUUCAGAUUUGAGAAGGAACAUAGAGAAUUUGGAGAAGAACAGUGUAACCAGUCUCAGGACAUUAGUCAAUCUUGGUUCUGAAGUGUAUAUGCAAGCUGAUGUGCCAGAUACAAGGCACAUAUUUGUGGAUGUUGGACUUGGAUUUCAUUUGGAGUUCACCUGGCCUGAAGCAUUAAAUUUCAUAGCAGUCAGGGAAGAAAGGUUAGCCAGGCAAAUAGAGGAGUAUACUCACCUAAUUGCAUCAAUCAAAGCCCAGAUCAAGCUGGUCUGUGAAGGGAUAAGGGAGCUGCUCCAACUCCCUGACGAGAGAUCGCACUAAGCUCACCGGGAGCUAAUUUUCUUCCCUGCAAAUUACUAAAUUCUUCCUUUUUUUAUUCUUCUUCUUCCUCACGUUCGUUUUUUUCUUUUUUCAAAUAUCAUGUAUGCCUCUCUUUCAUGUUCUUCAUUACUCAUUUUCUCACCUUGUGAGAAAUGAUUAGGAGUGGAAAAGGAAUUCUCAAAAACUGUUAUGUUUUGGACGUAGUUGCAGCAGGCUGUUCUUUCUUGUAUAUUAACCAUUGUUUUCCAUUUAGAUUUCUCUCUAUUUGAUCUCAUGUAUCCCAGGAGGACUUCAUCAUAAACAUAAAGCUUCUUCUGUUCGAAAGAAGAUUGAGCAUGUUUAGUUAUUUGUCGACUCUGAUGUAGGUUUAAUUUGCGGAAUCGAACGGAGUGGGAAUAAAAUAGAAUGAAUAGAAUGAAAAGUAUAUAGAAAAUUAUGUUUA